GGUAGUUUAUUUAUCUCAAUUGGUAAACAAAACUUUCGCGGUCAGAGUUUAAAUCUACCCAAUUCAUUGUUUCUUUCUUUGUCCUUUUAUAUAUUUCUUCAAAAUGGAUGUAGAAUCUACAAAAGCGGAAGAGGAAGCGCGAAAAAGGAGAGAACGACUUAAGAAUCUUCGAAAUAGAAUCUCUGAGAAUCAGAAUGGCGAAGAUGAAAAUGUGGAUGAAGCUCUUCCAAAACCUGUAUUUCGAAAUUAUACACCAUUAGAUGAAGAUUUACGUCUGAACCAGCUGCCCAAACCGAAACCCGAAUCUGUUGAAACUGAAGUACAAGAACAACUGGAAGCAGCAAAGCCAGAACCUUUGAUUGAAGAAGUGGAUUUGACGAUAUUAGCACCCCGUAAACCAGACUGGGAUCUCAAAAGGGAUGUUGCCAAGAAAUUAGAAAUAUUAGAGAGAAGAACUCAGAAAGCCAUUGCAGAGUUAAUAAGAGAAAGAUUAAAAUCAAGUGAAGAUGAUUUAGCAGAAGCUGUAAAUAUUCAAGCUGAAAUGGCAAAUAAGGAUGUAGAUUCUGAUGAAGAUUGAUAUCUUUGUGUUAUUUUUUGUAAAUAAAUUUUUAUUUUAACUA